AUGGAUAGAGAAUCCAAGCCAAAAAUUCUGUCAAAUAUACAAAUCUAUUUGAAACAACCAUGGGAUCUGAUUAAAACUGGAUAUUUGAUUUUAACAUGGAUUACCAUGGGUUUUCAUCUUGAAUUAAUCGGUCCAACAAUGCCCAUUCUUGCUGCAAAUAUUCAAGUUACAUAUAGUGGAAUGGGCUCAGUACUUGCAUCGAGAAGUGCUGGGUAUUUAGUAGCAAAUUGUCUCGGUGCUACUUUACAAAGUAUCGUCAAAAACCAUUCUGAAGGUCUCCUUUUCUGUGCAUUCGUUUUACCUGCCAUUGUCGUUUUCGCUACACCAUUCAUCACCUCGUUGAUACUGAUGUGUAUUGUUUCAUUUGCUCAAGGGAUUUCGAAAGGUUUUACUGACCUAGGUGGGAACAAUCUAUUAUUGAAAAUGUGGACUGUCAAUGCUUCAGCACCAUUAAAUGCAGUUCAUUUAGGCUAUGGAGUCGGUGCUGUUUUUGCUAAUUUACUCAUUCGUCCAUUUCUUACUAAUCGAAAUAUCUUUGUUCCAUAUUCCAUCACCGCAUUCGUAUGUCUUUUGAUCGCUCUUGGACAUAUGUUUCUCUAUAUCCUGGAAAUAAGAAAUCGAAGACAAAAGUCAAGAGUAGAGGAAGUCGAAGAGAGCUUGGAUAAGUCAUCACCUUAUUCGCCACGUACGUGUGGUCGUGGAUCUUUCCAAUAUGGUUUAAUUCUUUCGAUAAUGUUUAUUGCUUACACAUUUUUCGUGGGUGGAAAUUAUCAAACAUUUUCCAAAUUCUACUUUUCGUUUCUGAAAUUUGAAAAAUUCAAGUUGUCCAAUGAAGAUGCCAGUUGGGGAAUGACUCUCUUUUGGCUUUCCAGUUCCAUCGGACGCUUCAUUUUCGCAAUUAUAUCAAUCUUUCUAUCGGUAAAUAUCUGUCUUAGUAUUAUUUGGGCAGGCGCUAUAUGCCUCGCAGCAGCAUGGCUUACUUAUGUUUGGAUCGUUGGUUUAUCAAGUAUGAGUUUAUUUAUUCUGGGUGCAAUAACCGGCUUAAUAUUUUCACCGAUAUUUCCUUUAUCGUUUGGUUAUUUCAAUCAAAGGCUCAAUGUUAUACCAAUGCUCCUUGGUUUACUUUUGUGCGGGACGGCACUCGGAGCGAUGACAUCGAACAAAAUAGCUGGUUUAGUGAUGGAUCAUGAUCCCAACCAUUUUCCAACACUGUUGGCGAUUUGGAUACUGAUGGCAACUCUUCUCUACAUUGGUUCGCAUCUCGUCUACUUUUGUCAUCGACGACCUUCAGCAGAUACUGGUCGUGAAUGCGUUAACGAAGAAGAAAAAGGAGUGAUGAUGGAGAUAACAAAUAAAGAAAACAAAUAG